AUGAAGAUCAAAAGUUUUGGACUCCUUUGUGUGUUGAUUCUAGUCUCCCAGGUGCUACUAGCCAACUCUGAAAGACAUAAGGAACGAAAAAAGGGAAGAAAGGGAAUAGAGGUCAGUGGAAAAAACCAAACUGAAUCUAACCAAGAUAAUGAAAAAGGGCAGAAGUCAAAAGGAGGAAAAUCAGCUCCUAAAGGCAAGUUUAAAACCAAGGAAAAUGCUGAGUGCACCUGGGCAGUGACUGACAUGAAUGCUGCUACUGUGCACAUAGAGUGCAAGCACGGUGACAGCGAGUUCUGGUGUGAAUUCUCUGGACACCCUUCCACCUGUGCACAGUAUGCAGCAAACCAGAAAUCCUACUGGAAGCAAGUUUCUCGAUCCCUAAAGAAGCAGAAGCAGAUCUGUCAAGACCCUAAAAGUGUCCUGAAAUCUAAAGUUUGUAGGAAAGGCCCACAAAGUGCUCAUCUCAAGCUGACGCGCUCAAGCCUGCUAACAUCAGAGAGUCCUGCAAAGGGAAACACAAUUCAUCGUGCGAAAGAAGUGGUUCAGACUCUGGCAGCUGCCCCCGUGACUGAAAAAAAGCUAGACCACAGUCCUCAAGACUGUGUCGAAGACAUAGAUUAUAUUGAUCAGAGUAAGGUGGCUGAGGAAUACUGUCCAGAAGGCUUCCUUUCUCUGUGCAAGUUUUUUAUCACAAUGGUCCAAGACAAAAAGUGCUGA